GAGUCUGCGCGCCAGCUGGGCUUGGGGUGGCGAUGAGCGGCGCUGCGCACGCGGACCGGGAGAAAGCCCUGGCAGAGGUGCCCGACGAGCGGCGGUUCCUCAGUAUGGCAGAGGCAGAUGCCCUGGAGCGGGAGCUGCUGGAGGAUUAUCGCUUCGGGCGGCAGCAGCUGGUGGAACUGUGCGGACAUGCUAGUGCUGUGGCUGUGACUAAGGCCUUUCCUUUGUCCUCGCUGCCGCGGAAGCAGAGGACAGUGCUGGUCGUGUGCGGCCCAGAGCAAAACGGCGCGGUGGGGCUGGCCUGCGCGCGGCACCUGCGCGUGUUUGAGUACGAGCCCAGUGUCUUCUCCCCCGCGCGCUCGGCAGACCCACUGCAUCGCGACCUGACCACGCAGUGCGAGAAGAUGGACAUCCCCUUCCUGUCCUUCCUGCCCGCCGAGGUGCGGCUCAUCGAUGACGCCUACGGGCUGGUGGUGGACGCCGUGCUGGGUCCCGGAGUGCGCACGGCCGAGGCCGACGGCCGCUGCGCACGCGCGCUCGCCACGCUGAAGCGGCUCUCCAUUCCGCUCGUGAGCCUGGACGUCCCCUCAGGCUGGGACCCAGAGACCGGCAGCGACGCCGAAGACGGGCUGCGGCCCGACGUGCUGGUGUCGCUCGCGGCACCCAAGCGCUGCGCCGGCCGCUUCUCCGGGCGCUACCACUUCGUGGCCGGCAGGUUCCUUCCCGACGAUGUGCGCCGCAAGUUUGACCUGCGCCUACCAGGAUACUCGGGCACCGACUGCGUGGCCACGCUGUGACUGCCGCCCGCGUGAUUGAACACGCGCCAAUAAACGUCUGCCACCGCU